GGGCAGCUGAGCCAUGUGCACCACUCUCUUCCUGCUCAGCACCUUGGCCAUGCUCUGGCGCCGCCGAUUUGCCAACCGGGUCGAACCAGAACCCAGUGGAGUGGAUGGGGCAGUUGUGGGCAGCAACUCGGAUGUGGACCUCCAGUCCUCAGGCAGGGAGAAAGAACCUCUGAAGUAAGCCUUUGUCUGCCUCACCAGGCUGGGCUCAGCUCUGGGGACUGGAAUCAGCUGGCCAGGCAAGUAAGCCCAAGUCUUCAUUUGUCCCUGGCUCAGGAGGAUGCUAUGGGUUCAGCAGAAAACCAAUUAAGGGAAUGAGAGAAACAGCAAUGGAGAAGUUUUCCCCACUCAGUAAAAAUGUGCUGAAUCUAGGUGGGCUGGUGCUGAGAGUUAAAGCACUAAUGUCCUCCUCAGGAAAAGAACUGUUGAGUAAAAUGAAGGGUUGGACCAGAUGACCAGAUGCCCCGCAGAUUCUUCUCAUCCAGACGGACUAUGCCUGGAGGUGCUGACAAAGGCUUGCCAUGUGACAAAUGUUUAUGCAGUGCUUGUGUGCCAGGCACUCUGGAUACAAAAAUGGAUUAAGGGCUGGGGAUAUAGCUCAGCAGUGCAGUGCCUGCCAGGCACGCGUGAGGUCAUGAGUUCAAUUCCUGGUACCAAAAAAAAAAAAAAAAAAAAAAAAAAAAGGAUUAAGACCUUCUGCCACAGCCAACCAGAAAACUGCAUAAAAUACAAGAAACAGACACCUGAUAACAGGCAGCACACAGGACAAUGACCCAUGACUGCCUUGGCCUCUACCCAGAGAUAAUUCUCUGCUAUUCAUAAAGAUAUCCAGUAGACCAAUGGAAUCCAGAAACAGAGUAACAAAGAUAUCUCACUGGAGAAAGGAAGGUCCUUUCUUUUUUUUUUUUUUUUCCAGUGU